AAUAUAAGAUCACAUUAUCAUAAUUUAAGAUAACAUUAAGUUAUACAAUUUGAGGUGCUUGUACUUUGCGUGGUAAUGCCACCUUAAACUCCACUAGCUACAUGUCAGAGUGAAAAGGCUGGACUUUUUAGUCCACUACAGAUUCAGUUAGGCUACUUGUUUCUUUGCAGGUUCAGAAUUUACAUACAACACAUACGAUCAAAACAAUAUGAUGCAGUUGUAUAGAUUAAUUAUUAUUACUGCGAUAUUACUGUACUAGUAGUUUUAGUGAAGUACAGGAUUCAGGUACUUCUUCCCCCAAUGUGUGCACCAGCUGGAAAUGAUACUACCCAUUUUCAAAUCUACAACCACAUCAGUGCUUACAGCCAGGUUGCUGUGUCUGUGACAUGUGGAGCCCCUGCAAAGUGUUAGUUUUUGCUCUGGUAGUAGCAUCCAGCUUCACAUAUGUACGUGUUCUGGAGUUCUGCCAAAGUACUCGCCAUGACUGCAAUAGUGAGAUCCAUGACAAUAAGGGAUCAAAGAGCAAGCUUUCCCAACACACUGUCAAAUCCAGGUGGAACAUGAGUGUUUCAAACCUUAUACAGGACCUGGACCAGUUCAGAGUGUCCUGCAAGAAGCUAAUAGAAGCAUUCCCGAUCGAUGAGGUUGAUGGCAACUUUGCUCGCUCUGUAAAGCACUGCAUAUUCUCCAAAUCCAAUCCAACCCCACUGAAAGACCCGUUAAGACUAGCAGCGAUUUCUAAGGACGUCAUUGAAGGGAUUUUAGACUUGGAUAUGGCUGUAACCCAGUCAGAUGAUUUCCUGCAUUAUGCCAGCGGAGGAAGACUGCCAUUAGGAUCUGUACCACUUGCCCACAGAUAUGGAGGUCAUCAGUUUGGCUACUGGGCAGGUCAGCUGGGCGAUGGUCGUGCACAUUCCCUUGGUCAGUAUACCAACAGGAAAGGCGAAGUAUGGGAACUGCAACUUAAAGGCUCUGGGAAGACACCUUACUCAAGGUCAGGAGAUGGUCGAGCCGUGAUCCGUUCUUCUGUAAGGGAGUUCCUGUGCAGUGAAGCCAUGCAUUUCCUUGGUGUUCCAACCAGUAGGGCUGCCAGUCUGGUUGUAAGUGACGAGCCGGUGAUAAGGGAUCAGUUCUACAAUGGCAAUGUGAAGACAGAAAGAGGAGCUGUUGUUCUCCGGUUAGCCAAGUCAUGGUUUCGCAUUGGAUCUUUAGAAAUUUUGGCUCAAAGUGGAGAGAUAGAGCUCCUGAGAAAGCUGUUGAACUUUGUGAUUGACGAACAUUUUUCUUCAAUCAAUUCAGAUGACCCAGAUAAAUAUUUGGUGUUUUAUUCCACAGUUGUAAAUGAAACAGCACAUCUAAUCGCCCAGUGGAUGUCGGUUGGGUUUGCACACGGUGUGUGCAACACGGACAACUUCAGCCUCCUGUCUAUCACCAUCGAUUACGGACCAUUUGGCUUCAUGGAGUCGUAUAAUCCCAAUUUUGUCCCCAACACAUCUGAUGAUGAGGGCAGAUACAGCAUCGGAGCUCAGGCCAACGUCGGACUGGUCAAUCUUGAGAAGCUGUUGAUGGCUCUCAGCCCUGUGCUUUCUAAAAAACAGCACAAGGAGGCUAAAAUUAGUUUGAAAGGAUAUGUUGAUAUUUACCAGAUAAGGAUUCAUCAGUUAUUUAAAGCUAAACUGGGGCUUCUAGGUGAAGAGGAGGAUGAUGGUUACCUCAUUGCCUUCCUGCUUAAGAUGAUGGAGGACACAAAGUCAGACUUCACCAUGGUCUUCAGGCAGCUCAGUGAAGUUCCAGCCCAGCAGCUUCACAACAGGAACUUCACACAGAUGUGGGCUUUUGAGGACUUGUCGUCCCACAAGCUCUUCUCUGAUUGGCUCAGCAAGUACUUGCUCCGGCUCAGUAGACAACAAAAUAAUAGUGAUUUGGAUCGUCAACACAGGAUGAAAAAUGUAAAUCCGAGAUAUGUGCUGAGGAACUGGAUGGCAGAGUCUGCUAUAAGUAAAGCUGAAAUUAAUGAUUUUUCUGAGGUGGAGCUGCUGUACCAUAUACUGUCAUUUCCCUUUGUUACACAAGAGACUGCAGAGGAAGCGAGCUAUGCAGCAAGACCUCCCCUGUGGGCUAAGAGGUUAAAGAUCAGCUGUUCUUCUUGAGAGAUUCUUGGAUAGAGCAAGAACGCUAAAGUAAAGAAAAAUCAUAGCAUACCUGAGCUUUGAUGUUAUAGUAAAUUCUCUCAUGCUGGUGGAAAAUGUGGUCCAAAAUGUCAAGGUCAUUGCUGUUAAAUGGUCUUUUCUGCUAAGAUUACCCACCAUGUAUGGAUACAUUGACCAACAAAAAAUACAUAGUUCUGUGUACUGAAGAAUUAAACUAAUUGUAUUUUGACUGAUUGUAAGUUCCAGUUUGUAAUGCCAUAUUGACAACAAAAUACAUUUAAAGAUGCUACAGUGGAGGCUGUCCUGUUGCCUUUCACAUACAGUAUGACUUUUCACCCUGUUCACAUAAAGUAUGCACACAUUAGAGCUACAGAAUACAAACAAGUUCCAGUGUUUUUUUACAUAAUAGCAGGUUGUACCUGAUGACAGGAAGAAGACCCAGUAAUUCAAUCCAAUAAAAAAAUGCAUUCUUAUGCCAGGUUUUAUUUAGCUUUAUAGACAUCUGUAUAUCGGAAAAGUGUUUCUGUAGUAUUUACAGCCCUCCAUGCAAACGUGACAAUAUA